GCACGCAGCCGCUACUGCUGCGCCCGCGGCGUCUUUUAUAGCAGCAGGCUGAGCACCGCUCCUGCGAACUAGGCGAUCGUUCCUCUGCAGCACCCAUGGCGGAGGUGUUGGAUAUGGGCAAAGACCCCAAUGGGCUCACCCAUUCUUCGACUUUAUUCUUGCGGGAGGAUGGCAGCUCCAUGUCCUUCUAUGUGCGGCCCAGCCCGGCGAAACGCCGGCUGUCGACGCUCAUCCUGCACGGCGGCGGCACCCUGUGCCGGGUGCAGGAGCCCGGGGCCGUGCUGCUGGCCCAGCCCGGGGAGGCGUUGGCCGAGGCCUCGGGCGAGUUCAUCUCCACGCAGUACAUCCUAGACUGCGUGGAGCGCAACGAGAAGCUCGAGCUGGAGGCCUAUCGGCUGGGCCCGGCCUCGGCGGCCAACCAGGCCCCAGAGACAAAGGCCGGCGCUCCCGCCGAGGGCGCCGCCGCCGGGGAGCCGGUGCCGCUCGCGGGGCGCUUGGCCUUCACCCACGCGGACGACGUGGCCAUCCUGACCUACGUGAAGGAAAAUGCCCGCUCGCCCAACUCUGUCACCGGCAACGCUCUGUGGAAAGCGAUGGAGAAAAGCUCGCUCACCCAGCACUCGUGGCAGGCCCUGAAGGACCGCUACCUCAAGCACCUGCGGGGCCAGGAGCCCAAGUACCUGUUGGGGGACGUCCCAGUGAGCCCCUCCUCCCAGAAGCUCAAGCGGAAGGCGGAGCAAGACCCAGAGGCUGCCGACAGCGGGGAACCACAGAAUAAGAGAACUCCAGACUUGCCUGAAGAAGAAUUUGAAAGAAAAGACACCCCGGAGAAUGAAGAGGCGGUCAAAAAGAUGCUUAUAGAAGCUGAUCGGGAGUUUGAAGAGGUGGCGGUGGAGGAGAGCCCUGAUUUUGAAAUACAUAUAACAAUGUGUGAUGAUGAUCCACCCACGCCUGAGGAGGACUCUGAAACACAGCCUGAAGAAGAGGAAGAAGAAAAGGCUUCUUCACCGGAGGUGGGAGCUGCCAUUAAAAUCAUCCGACAGUUAAUGGAAAAGUUUAACUUGGAUCUCUCAACAGUUACACAGGCCUUUCUGAAAAAUAGUGGUGAGUUGGAGGCUACUUCCUCUUUUUUAGCAUCCGGUCAGAGGGCUGAUGGAUACCCCAUUUGGUCCCGGCAAGAUGACAUCGAUUUGCAAAAAGAUGAUGAGCGUUCCCGAGCUGCAUUGGUUAAAAAAUUUGGUGCUCAGAAUGUAGCUAGAAGGAUUGAAUUCAGAAAGAAGUAAUUGGCAAGCUGAUGAGGGGAGAAAAAAAAAAAAAGAUAUGGCAGAUGAAGCAGGAAAAAAAGAUUACUUUUGAACUUUGGGGAGUUCUUACAUUGGAACUGACACCUGCCCAUGUUGUCAUUGCUCUGCAAGUCAUGGAUUUUGUAGACAAGCAGAGCUGUGUAUGAGGUUAAAAAUAAAAAAAAUUGGUUAUAUUUAAAGCUAUCCUUGGCAAAUGUCAGUAUAAUAUGAAAGGAAAAUCUAUACCAGAGAGAGAUUGGUGUACUUACUAGUAAUCAUUUGCUGGAAUGGAACCCCUGCUGUAUUGGUGACAGGAACUAGUGACAGAAUCUAAUGAGGGAAACCAGGAGGCAUAGGCCUUUUCUGAGCAUGAAUCAGAAUCGCCUGUCCGUUGGCAGAAGCUCCUCUAGAAUGUGAUAGAUUCCAAAUCAAGAAUCCAGAAAUACAGAAAGAUUUCUUUACAAGGCAUUGAACUUGGAUUGUUCCAAACCCUUGCAUCUCCUAGCACAUUUCCCACUGAACUCGGAUUUCUAGACUGUUUUGAAAAUCCCAUAAUUCCUUUUCUACUUCAAUAUUUGGAGACCCUCUUCCUUGGCUGUUCUUUUCUCCAAACCCUUGUCUUGUCAGUCAAAUGUCUAGCAUGUAUUUCUUUACCAACCACCCAAUUUUGUAUAAAACUUACACAAAAUCCUAGAGAGUCUCAAGAACAGUCUUAAAUCUGUUAAUAAUAGUAGUUCUUAUUUAUUGAGGAUGGUUUUGUGCUAAGGACUGUAUUAAAGAUUUAAAAAUUAGUGGUUUGAUUUCAUUUGUCCUGUUGCUUUCAUUGUUGAAAAUAAAUAACUUUGUAUUUGAA